GUGAUAUACACGUGCGUGUCGCAGUCAACAGACCGCGUAAUCAGCACACGACGCGCAUUUGAAUCAUUCUCAGCCUUCUUAGGCGUUUUUGUCUCCCGCUAUCAGCCCUACUGGGAAUAGGCAGUCAGUGAUGUAGUUUCCAUGGUUAUAUAGCAGUAGACUGAAGCCUGCCCUCAGUCGAUCUGACAAUCCCCCACUUCAACCCUUCUUAACUUUCCCCACAUACAAUGGACGGAGACGGCUUCUCGGUUAUUUCACUUACCUCGCUCGGCUCGAGUAUUUCUCACCGUGUGUUGUCCAGCGCCGAAGAGCUCAAUGAAUUAAACACUGCGCUAGAAGUACCCGACGAGCGAUUGUCCUCUUUCGCGACGAGGUUGUAUCAGCUCCAUCAGCAUGUGGGCGUUCUCGAGACUGCGCUGAAUAGCGCCAGCGCUAUCUCGGGUCGAUUGCAGACGACGAUAAGUCAGAGUCUUGGAUCGUGCGAUGUUGUCGCGACUGUGUUGAAUAAACAGGUCAUGAGACUGCAGGCCGAGACGCUGCCGUUGUUGGAUGAGGUGUUUUUGGUGGUUUAUAGUGAUGCUGUUGUUGCGUUUUCCCGGCUUUUUGCGUUCUUCGCAAAAGUGCUGUCGAUCAAAGUUCGGGAUGAUCAAGAUUCUGCUCUCGAUACCAAGAGUGGAAGAGAGAUCUUUGAUCAUGUUAACAGAGCUUGUCAAAAGGCUUCUCAGACAAAGGAUAUUCUUUUCACUGGAUCGCAGAACGACUCUUAUGCAUCGAGUAGUAAAGGUCCUCUUCCUGGCGAUAUCGAACCUCCGCCUUAUGAACCAGCACAGCCUUCUUCAGCUCAAUCGCCGAGCUGCGAAUCACCAAGUGGAUCUUCAGGGUUUGCUAAAGGUCUGUCUUCGUUGACAAACUCGUUCAAGGCCAUGACAGCUGGUCUCUGGCCUAAGCCUGAUCCUUUAUCCACAGCUCUGUGUCAAGCGGCUCUUCGCGGUGAUGUUCAACAAAUGAGCGGCUUACUCGCACAAGGAGCGAACAUCAACGGACGAAACGGAGAAGGCAAUUCGCCUCUGGGCUGUGCUAUCCUGGCCAAUCAAGAAGACGCUGUGCGGUUUCUUAUCGGUUCUGGUGCCGACACCAACGGCAGAGAUAUGAAGAUUCCACCGGUCUUCCUGGCCGCAUCAGUUGGAAGCAUUGGCGUUGCAAAGAUGCUCAUCGACCAGGGCACAUGGAACGUUAACGCUGCCAGCUGGUCUGGACAAUCAUACUUUGUCGAUGUAUGCAACAGUGAGAAUUUGGAGGGUAUUCAGCUUCUUUUGGACAACGGUGCGAAGCCAAACACCACGAACACCUCUGGACGACCGGUUCUUGCACAGGCUGUCAAGAAGGGUAACUUGGAGCUUGCUAGGAUGCUGCUUCAACAUGGCGCGAAUCCAGACACUAGCGAUCUGUCUGGCAAUUCGCUAUUGUCUAUCGCAGCGAGCCAGGAUCGUAUGGAUAUGAUGAAGCUGCUUCUUGAAAGUGGAACAAACGCAAGCUCAAAGAACUUGAGUGGACUAUCUGUUCUCGCGGACGCUAUUGCAAAGAGAAAACUUGACAUGGCAGAACUUCUUCUCAAACAUGGCGCCAAUGCUAGCGCAAAGGAUCUCGUCGGCCACCCAAUUCUCGUCAUAGCCCUCCGCGACAGCAAACUUUCACAGAACGAGAAAAUUCGAGCCGUCAGGAUGCUUCUCGACCACGGUGCUUCACCAAACGUAUCAGACGGAACAUGGGGCGUCGCAGCGAUCUGUUUCGCCAUGGAGACAGGCAACACCGACCUCGUGAAAAUGAUGCUCGCCGCUGGCUCCAACACCAAGAAGAAGAUGAGCAGCGGCGAGACACUUUUGCUCUACGCUAUUGAUAACGGGAAGAGGGAUCAGGCUAAGCUUCUUCUCGAAGCUGGCGCUGACGCUAAUGCGGCGGAUAAGAAGGGCAGAACGCCAUUGAUGCAAGCUAUUUCGAGGAGAGAUACGGAGUUGUUAAGGGUUCUGAAAGCACACGGCGCUGAUAUGAAUGUUGGAGGGUGUAUUUCACCGCAGGAAUUGGCGCAGUCGAUGGGUGAUCUUGAGAUUCUUCAGAUAUUGGGCUUUGGCUCUUGUUCACAGAGAGGACCAGCUCGAGCGCAUUCACCACCGCCGCCUGGAUAUGAUGCAGCGAUGGGCAAAGUAUGAAGAAACGUAGUAAAUAAGUGGUUGAUACCCCCGAAUAAUAAUUAAUAUUUCUAUUGUCCCAAAACGCCGUCUAUGUCGCUGUAUUUAUUGCUGGUUGAGAAUUUCCUUCAACCACCACACAUGUAUCCUCUCAUCCUUCGUCAACUCAGGAUGAAAGCUUGUUCCUAGCACAUUACCCUGUCUAACAGCGACGAUGUCCCCUGAAUCGUCCUUGGUAUUGGCUUGUGAGACGCCAGACUUCAUCUUAUCUACUCGACCUGGUAAUUUGGCCAGGACCUCAACUGGUGGUCGUCCAUCGUCAGACGAACCGAUGACUUCUUCCACGACGGGUGCGCGGAUGAAGACUCCAGGGAACGGUUUAUCGUCGUUUAAGAAGGGGAGGUUCAUUCCUGACUCGAAACUCUCCAUUUGACGACCAAAGUGGUUGCGGUGAACGCGGACUGCGAGACCACCGAUGAGUUCUUGACCACCUUUCUUGGUAGCAUUUGCCUCGUCUGAGAGGAGAAUAAGGCCUGCACAUGUUCCCCAGACUGGCCUCUUCUGGACUCUGAUCUAUGUCAGUAUUUGUAUCAUUUAUGACACGGGGACCGCUUACUUGACGAAAUCUCUCAAUGGCUCAAGGAGACCAGAUUGAGCGGCGACGAAAGAGAUAGUGGUGCUCUCGCCGCCAGGAAUGAUCAGAGCAUUGCACUGAUCGAGUUCUUCUUUCGUGCGAACCUCGAUACAGUGGAAUUUCGUCUUGGAAAUACCUUCUGUAGAAGAAAGGUACUCUGCGGCCUUUUGAACAAGAUCGAUAUGCUCAGCAAAACCACCCUGAAGGGCCAAGACACCGACCGUAAGACUGAUCAUUCUGACUUGGAGUUCUCAACAACAAUGAUUUGCCAGAGAAAUAUGAGAUGAUAAAGACAAGGAGCGAUAACGGACAGUUUAAACUCGGAGCCUUUCACCGAAGGCAAAAAAAUCUUAGUCACUCGCAAGUGACAUACAAGAUAGAAAGGUUCCCCAGAUUCUGGUGAUGGGUACCGGAGUGACCGAAAAGGGAUAAAGACGUGCAUUAGAGCGCAUGUAGGCUGCAUGCAUGACGGAGCCGCUAGAGCGAGAGUACCUCCGGACUACCCCGAUUGUUCUCCGGGCUAAGAGAAUAAGAGUUGAGGAGGUAGUUGAACUAUAUUGAGUCAGUUACUUACUAGAGGUUGUUGGUACUGGAGUCUAGAAGGGCUGAGAGAACAAUACGUGUGGACAAUGGAGGAGAGUGAACAUGGCUUAUCGUGGCGAACUCAUGCAAGAUAAGAGAUGAGUG